CGUCUCUCUUCUCCUGUGAAGUCGUUGGGUCUUCGUCUUUUCUUCUCGUAACACCGGACAAGUGCGGUAGCUGGUUAGCUUCUCACUUUUGAUAGAAAGAACGGGGAUUCCCGCACAUGUACCCGUACUGGAGAUACGCAUGGCAGGAAAUAACAGAAGCUACACCAGGAGUGAUGAGAAUUAAAGGAGAAUUUUGACACAUUUGUCGUGUUUAACUCGCUCGAGUGGUCGUAUUAAGAAUGACGUAUCCCGGACUGGUACUCCUUGUUGGAGUUGGAAUUGGAUUAGCAACGUUCCUUUAUUAUAUGUUCGCUGAAAACAAUAGUGAGAAUGAUCAAAGACAACAGUAUAACUAUGCAGACGAUAGAGCACCGGAUCAUUACGACUGGGGGAUUCAACCUACUUCGUCACAUAGCGGUAAAUUAAAUAGAAGAAACUUGUCAAACUCUUCAUUGAAAGAGAGUGGCAGAGAAAGAAAUCACAUGAGAAGCGAAGAUAUAAAUAACUGUUCAAUCUGCCAAUACGCGAUAGUUGGAUCUGAUGUGAUACAACUACAACCUUGUAGACAUAAUUUCCACCAGGACUGCAUUAAACAGUUGAGAUCUUACAAUCCUACGGCCCCAUGUCCUAAUUGCAGAAGAUUCAUCGCGCGCACUACAUAAAUUUGUUACAAACGCCGCACAAUUUCCUUUGGAACGUUUUCUACAGCCAUUGGCAAACAUUGAUGUUUAUUUUUAUCAUGGUUACACCAUGUGAUAUAUAACCGAAGUACCACAGAAUAUCACAUAGAAUUUGUGAAGUUGUUAUAAUCUUUCUACACUAGAUAUCACUUGUUGAAUUGAUCGAGAUAUUUUUCAAAUUUCUGGUUUUCCGAAGGUUCGGCUACUUUAUAUGAGAUAGAAAAUAAGAGCUUCGUAAGAAUUGCGACAACAGUAACGUUACAACAAAAACAGGGAAAUUUUCAGCCAAUGUUCUAAAUUUCAAUUGAGAUCAGUUGCAUAUCAUCUGGCAAUUGAACGUAAAAAGGUGAUAACGCUACAAUUUACAAACGAUACAAACAUACAAAUCUAAUUAUUAUAUAUCAUUUAAAUUUGUUAUAGAGAGUGUCCAUCAAAUGAGAUUACUGGAUUAAAUUAUUUUUCAUUUAGUUUGAUUUAAUCACAUAACUGUAACUCGCGUAUUUUAAGAAAUAAGAUAUCAACAAAGUAUAGUCGCGCGUUAAUAGCUAAGCUGAAAUAACGCAGGCGUUUAAAUUAAAUUAUUAUAUUAAUUAUUUUCAUACUUCUAAUUAUUUAUAUCUAGAGCUCAUUUCAGGCUAAUUUCCUACGUAUUCAGCGAACACUACACGAUUGCUCACGCCAAUUAUACGCAUAACAAAUUAGUUCUAUUCAUAUCGCGAUGAGGUAAAUUAAUUAGUAAAAUUAACUGUGUUAAGCUAUCGUGUGAGUUGUACGAAAACUGAGUUGUACGAAUUAUUGAAGCGAAUAUAAUGAUAUGCUACACUCA